AUGGAUGCACGGCGGUGGGGGGGGUCGAAAUUCCCAGAGAUCGACGUCUUUGGUGACUUUUAUGUUCGACCUAGGAUUGAGUUGGCCGAGUCCCUUCAUACGACGAUGGUGGAGAGGAGCCAAUUGGUUCUUCAGGAGUCCGCCUCCCAACUUCCUCCCGAGACUCCGAUUGAGUCUGUGGAUCCUCCACAGGAUGCUGGAUUUCAGAUAUCUCUCAAUUCCAAUAAAUUUCAACUAGGUCUAGUUAUAGUAUGA